UCAGCGUGUCUGCGGGCCCUACUAGGGGACGCUGCAGGCGGCAGGAUGUCCUGGUCCAGCCUUCUCCGUGGCCUCAACAUGUCCCUAAGUUAUGGCCUAACCCUGGUCCCCCGGCUCUGGGCCACCCGCCCCAUGGCCACCCUGAAUCAGAUGCACCGCCUGGGGCCUCGAAAGCGGCCGCCUCCACGUCUGGGCCCCACGGAAGGCCGGCCGCAGCUGAAGGGUGUGGUUCUGCGAACGUUUAUUCGUAAACCCAAGAAGCCCAACUCGGCGAACCGCAAGUGCUGCCGCGUGCGGCUCAGCACGGGCCGCGAGGCCGUCUGCUUUAUCCCGGGGGAGGGCCACAGCUUGCAGGAGCACCACGUGGUGCUUGUGCAGGGCGGACGCACCCAGGACCUGCCCGGCGUCAAGCUCAAGGUUGUGCGUGGCAAGUACGACUGUGGCCAUGUGCAGAAGAAGAAGUGACCACCAGGGGCACAGUGUGCUGGGGUUCCCGCAGAGUGAGAACCUUUGUCUCUGGGUUCCUGCAAUAUCCUUGGGAAGCUAGGCCACCUCUAGAAGCAGCUGGUCCUGGUUCAAAUCCUGGCUCCACCUCUUCCAUCAGAACCACCAGUAGCCCAUAGGGGUCCCGAGUGUGAAUUAGAAAAGGGCCCCCUCUGCCGACACCCUUGGUGUCCACGUAGAGUGUUGGUGCAAGAGGCUUCUUCUGGGACAGUACCACUGCCCUCUGAUGGGAAGGGGUAGCAAUAAACACAGGCCCUGCGGUUCGACUGUACAUCUUGCCUGGUGUUCACCCUCUGUGUGGUCUUGGCAACUCA